ACGGGGUGGGGGCGUUUCAUCACUGCAGAAACCGAUACAGCUGCUUUCAAGGAGUAAUUAGAAAGGGUUUAAAGCCUUCUUUAUUAUUUAUAAGGAUGAAUGGAAAUGAAAGGUCACACAGAUAUAUCUGGGUGGCUAUUACGCCUGUAUUUUAAAGGGCUGUGGGGUGGUCGUGAAGGGUUGUUUUUGGUUUUUUUUAAUGGUUGUUGUGUUUUGUCUUGUGAGUUGAAAAACGCGAUUAACUGCUUUAGGUUGAUGUGUUGAAAAAAAUUGUAGUUCCGGUGGAAAUCCCACUUGUUAGCAUGAAUAUAGCUAGUCUUAAAUUAGUGGGCUUCUGCCAAUCUCUCAGUUGUUUCUUACUUCUGGUCAAGAUUAUGUUUGUAGCACAGGCGUGUGAGUAAUUUGAGCAAAAUUCAGCCCUCAGUGUAUAAAGUCAUUUGUAUUUGUGUGUGGUUUAGAAUACAUUUACUUUUGAGCAUAGCAGCAGCAAUGAUGGUUCAUAAUGCUCACAUAUGUGGCACUUGCUGUGCAGAUGGUAUUGUAGCUUAUCCAUGUACACACACACACGCACGCUUCACACAUAAUGUGCAGGAAUUACAGCAAACUUCCUCCAGAAUACUGUUCAGUGCUCUGUAAAUGUGUGGCGUUUUUUCCCCCUGGUUAUUUCCUUUGGGGAAAAAAAGCAUGCAUCUUUAUUGAAAUACCUUUGUGUUUCAAGUUGUUGGUCUUACUAAUGUUCCCUAAAUAUUAUUGGAAGAAACAGCUUCCUACUGUCUUAGAGGCGUUUACUGCUGGUCUGUUGCUCUCACAUACAAAUACUUCCACAGAGAAUUUUCUGAGGUUCUCUCCUUUUUCCAAGUCCAACAGGAAGCUCAUUGUAAAGCUUUGCAAUUACUUUUGUGGCAAAAGAGAAUAGACGUUUUUUCCUGCUUUAUUCACACUAUAAAAUCCUGUGCACCUCUGAAGUCUACUUGAGUUCCUUUCAGAAAAUUAAGCUGUAUGGAAUCAUGUUUAAUGUUGUAAGUGACGGGCAUAUUUUGUUAUGUUGGCAGAUAUUGUAUAAACAUUUACUCUGGCUUAGAUAAAAACAAAUUGCCAGCUUAGUGCUCUGAUUCCUUCUCUAUAUAAUUAUGAACUUCAGCAGUUUUUGUGUUAACUAAUAUAAAGCUCGGGGUUUUUUUAAAUCGGGAAGGAAAAGUUUGUAGUAAGAAUUUAUUAGGAUUCUGAAUUAUGUAGCUCAGAUUUGUUUUCAGAAAGGCAGCCAAAAAAGUAUAACCCAGAGGCUCUACAUUGGUUUAUUUAACCAGCUUCUCACUUUCAUCUGCACCUUUAGUUAGUGAACCUUCCUCCCCCAUAUCCUGCAGUCUGUCACUACCUGCUCUCCUUUAUGGUGAGAUGCAACAGAGAUAACAUCAUUUUCUAAAUGUGCUUUGUGUGAUGCAGGAGUGUGUGCCAGGAAUACAGUGAUGGCCCUGUCAAAGCUCCACGAACCAGCUGCGUGGCUGCGGGUUUUCCCCCCAGCCUCUCGCGCCCUUUGAGCUGGACCAUCUGAACGUUUCUGGGAAUGGCUGAGCUGACUGUUAGAGCAGAUAUUUUAGCCCUUGGAACCACUACAACUUUGCUGUCUAUUUAUGAAGAGCACAUUUAGAUGGAAUGCUUAAUUAUAGAUGGAAUUCACUCGAUGUUGAUCUUUGAUCCAGUCGGUCCUGUCAUGAGAGGUGUGUGAAGGAAAAGUCCACCUUGGAAGUUCAGUUCAAAGUGUAUGUUAGGCAUUUGUAAUAAUGUAUCUUCUGGUCUUACUGCAGUUGAUCACAUUCAGAUUUCAGUUCUGAAUUCUUAUGGGGUUUUAAUUCUUUCAAAACAUUAGUGCACUUAACGCAGGACUCGGUAUCCCCUGAAGUCAGGUGUAGCCAGUUAGAUGGACAGAACCUGCAUGGAAAUGUUGAAAUGCUAUGUUUGUUUGUCCUUCUGAAAAAUAAAAAGCAAUUUGAAAUAUUAAAUCAGGUGGAGAUUGGGGAUGGAUAUGGUCAGUUUUCAUCAGGUGUAGAAAAGUGGUAUGACUGAGACUGUUUCAGUUCCAGUCUUUUUUGGUAAGAUAAAGGAAACAGGUACUUCAACAGCUUCUGUGCCUGUAUAAGCUUAUGUGGAGCCUACUUAUGUUUCAGUCUCUGAUAUUUUUCAAGGCUUAGACUGUGUGUUUGCUAACUGAAGAGAGGAGAUGAUGGCUGAUUGCAUACUCAUAUGUUAAACAUACCUCUAAUUCCAGAUUGAUAAAAUCAGAUACCUUUCCACUUGAUAAAGUAACAAUUUGCUCCACAAGUAAUUAAGAAAAGAUGGAAUAAGGCAUAUUACUGGCAUUGGGUAGUACAAGUUAUUUUCAGUCGUAGCAACUCUGUAUGUAAUUAAAACAGUUCAAAUGUUGCUUUCGUCAAAACUGCUGCUCGAACAGAUGAUCCCUUCUUAUGCAUCUGAUAAGCUACUGCAGUUACUGUUAAAAUCCAUCUAAGCCAUUUUAUUAAGCUGUUAUUUGUUCUGUGAAUAGCUGCCAGCCUUGAGUUCAAAAGAAAGUGGGUUCUGAUUUGUUCCCGUGUCACAUGGAAGAGGUGUGCAGUGAGAAUAGUGUUACUGCCCUUCCGAUGCUGUUCGUGGAGCUCUGUGUGUUGUCUGCCAUAGGCUGCUUUCCCUCGUCGUGGCUUGACUGUAAUUACAGUACAGCUAAUAUCAGAAGUUGGUUCAGUUUAUUCAGACAGGAAGACUGUUGAAUUGUCCCACUUCCAAAGUCAAAUGUUUGUGUUAACCACAGAGAUCAAAUCUGUCGUGCAUAUAUACAACAUAUGAGUAGUAUUGAUUUCCCUAACUUUUCUUUUCCAUUCGGCUUUUGUUAACUAACCCAGAUUAGCAUUUUAACAACCCUGAAGUGAACUUCUGCCAUUCUCCCUGCUUGGACAGUGUGUGUAGACCAUCCAUCAUCCUGUCCUUGGCCACAACAGGCUACUGGCUCCAUAACCAUUUGGAGCUACACAGAAACCACCCGACUGUGAACAGCACAGCUGGCUACAGCAAUUUUUUCUUCCACACCACUGGCAGCAUUGUCUGGCUAUGGUAACUAAAGUUAACAUCCAGAACGUGAAGUUUCUUUCAUUCUGGUGCCCCUGCCCAGCCCCACUGCAGCUCGGUGUGCACACCUGCAGAAGGAAGGGCUGCAAAAUAGCUGGGAGGAGUGAGGCAACUGCCGGACUCUUGCUUUUCAAGGCUCCAGUUUGGAGACAGCAACCUGUUGUUUGGAGUGGGAUGACAUUAACUCUGUCCAUACUCAAGAGGCAGCUUGCUGGCUGCAUCCUGUGUGUGCUCAGUGUGUAGACCAGGGUGAGCUUGGGAAGUGCCAGCUACAGAAACAGAACUUGCCACUUUAACUUAGCCACACAAACUGCCAAGGAGCACAGAAAGAAAUGGAGAAUUUCGGCUGUGUAUUUCACACAUUCUUGUAGAAGCCUUUUUAGUUCCACAACGGAAACCAUGUGAUUUCACAGGAUCUGUGCCCAGACUCUAAUACUUGCUACAGAUGCUUUCCUUGGUUUGUUUUGCAGAUCUAUGAAUGCAGUAAGAAAGAAGUUGUUACAGGAUUUGUUGUUUUAAUUCUGACGUGUGCUUUGAAUGGCAGGUAACCAGCAGGUGAAUGUACUUGUGACUCUAUGCUAAUUUUACUUGUUGAGAUUUUUGCAUAAUUUAAAUAAAUUGGCCUAGCAUGGCUGUCUGUCAUGUGUGAGCCACUGCUUUCUUGCUAGAAGAGAACUUUUGCUUUCAAGAGCAAAGGAGGUCAAGAGGUAUUAGUGGGAGGGGAGGGGCUUGGUGGGAGUGGAGGAGGAAAGAAGUGGUGGUGGAAGAGGAGGAGCAAGGAGCUCAGGCAAGCAAGUGACAUUUGUUCUGUCCAGAAUGGUUACAAACCUUGUAAACGAAAUCAGUCCCUGGACAGCUUUGAUUUAUAUUCUCACACAGCAGAUUGGCCUUGGUCUGCCUGACCUUGGUAACAUAACAGAGGUCGUAUUUGCACACAGAGACUCUCCCUGCAAAACGGUUUGUUGUUGCCGUUACUUUUUUUUUUUAACCGUUACAUCUAAAGAGCCAAAUUGCAGCUCAGUUUCUGAGUGGAUGGGCACUGGGAAAACACAGAAUGAAAGGGAUGGGUCCUGUUCCACAGUGGAUGGUUUAAAAGAAGAGAUGGCACAUGGAUACAGUCGGGCAGUGGCCUCUAGAAGCAGGAGAGCCGUGUUGACCUGCAUAAUCAGAGGCUGUGCUGCUGCACAAGCCACCUAAACAUCGCCGAGCUGCGUGUGUCGGGGAAAGGGGGCACCAGGGGGCACGCACGCUUUGGCAUCAGAGGCAAAGGGGAGCUUUGAAGAGGGCCCGAGAUGAGAAUGAGGAGUUAAUUGGCAGAUGCCUGCUAGGGGGCUCUUCAAGUGUGUGAGGGACAGCAGGGAGGCAAACACAGAGUUGCUCAUCUAGAAAGGUAACGAGUGAGUGGUGGGGAGCAGCAUCACAGACUGGCUGCCCACCAGCGGCGGGAGUGAAGCCUCAGAAGAGAUGAGAGCUGAUCAGGCGGUCACUCAGCUCAGCUAUUACUGCAACAAUAGGCUUUUCUUAAUGUGAGCUACACAGUUCAUCUUUAUUUUUCCAAAUGGUCAUGGCAGCUGGGACUCAGCUUUCUCGAGCAGUGGUAAGGUACCAGCUCACGCCUAUGUUGGGUAGGGCCUUCCUCAGAGCUUUGUUGUGGUGUGAAACAAAAGGUAUUUCCCUCAAGUGCUGCUGCCGGGCAGGGACUGCAGCACCAGCACAAAGUGUUGCUGCUAUUUCUGUGUCGGUCUGUCAUGACAGAUGCACUUGGGGGUUUAAAAGAAAAUCUUCAUGCUUGUAUGUCAAGCCCUUGUUUAUGCUGUGCCUCUGUUUAGGUAUUCCCUUCCCAUGUUGUGUGAACCCCUACGUGUCCCAUCGGGCUGUGUAACCAUUGUGUUUUGGGAGACCACAGAGAAGAAAAAUGUGUAUUUAAUUUUAAAAAAUCCUCCAUGUAUAGGUAAGGCGAAGUAUUGAAAUUUUAGAUGGCACUUGAAUGUAGCCCAGCGUGAGGGAGCGUGGCUCUGCCUGUUGGUGUGAUGGUAGCCAAAGCAAGAAGGGGCUGUGUAGGCAGCGUGUGUGUUCCCUGAGCAGUGCAGAGGAGUGAAAUACUGGUGGGUCAGGGCCCUGUGGAAACAACUUGAACCAGCCAACCUGGAAGGCAGGAGAGGCCCUCUGGCUCUUCAAUAGUUGUCCAAGAGCCAGCUUUGGCACCCCUUGCAAAUAUAGCUCUUUUGUGUAUUGCCACCUGGGGACGAGUGCUGAAGAGAAGGGAGCAGAUAACAGAGGAAAAGCAGUAGUGGGAAAGCUGUCAACAGUGAGUGAACAAUGUCCCCAGGUGUCUCAUGAAAGGAGUAAUAAGGGAGGGGGGAAAUAAUCUUGCAGAGUUGAAUGGUUUCCUUCAAUUUGCAAACUUCUCUCUGUGACAGUUUCUUUAACCCAGCACGUGUUUAUCAAAGAUUAACACCGAAAAGCCAGUAAUUUGUUUUUGCUCAGUAAAUCAUAUUUUCUUCAUAAAGUAAAAGCUGUGUGGAUAUUUUUAGCAUUAUGUAGGUUUUUUUUAUUGAUGAUAACCUCAGACAAAAAUAAUCAAAUCUCAUGCUUUGGGGAUUAAUCUGAUUUCCUGCAAGGGUAUGGAUAGAAUUUUUUAUUUUUUUUUGUCUUGCAUACCACUAUACAAGUUUUACUGUGAGAGUGGAUUAUGGCUUUUCCUCCCCCUAAAGCAUCACGUUUUCAUCCUGACCAAAAACAUAACAAACACUGCUCAUGGCUGUACAGUGGUCUUCAGCAGCAAGCCGUGCCAGCAGAAACCUAAAUGUUUGGUGCAGAUGGGUAAGAAAAAUUGACCUGCAGACGUCAAUAGUGUAGGGGGUAGUUGAGCAGUGCUGUCACCUGUCCCCAGCCAUGAGGCGCCCGGUGCUCUGUGCCUUGGUGACGCUGCUGAGCCUGUCCCGCUGCCGGGCCGUCAGUUUCCCCGAAGACGAGGACCCCAUCAAUGUCGUGGACUACCACUAUUCAAGGCAAUAUCCAGUAUUUAGAGGACGCCCUUCAGGCAAUGAAUCUCAGCACAGACUGGACUUCCAACUAAUGUUGAAAAUUCGAGACACACUUUAUAUCACUGGCAGGGACCAGGUUUACACUGUAAAUUUAAAUGAAGUUCCAAAAUCAGAAGUUGUCCCAAGCAAGAAAUUAACAUGGAGAUCAAAGCAGCAGGACAGAGAGAACUGUGCUAUGAAAGGCAAACAUAAAGAUGAAUGCCAUAACUUCAUUAAAGUCUUUGUUCCAAGAAACGAUGAGAUGGUGUUUGUCUGUGGAACAAAUGCAUUUAACCCUAUGUGCAGAUACUAUCGGUUGAAUACAUUAGAGUAUGAUGGGGAGGAAAUUAGUGGUUUGGCAAGAUGCCCAUUUGAUGCCAGACAAACCAAUGUCGCCCUCUUUGCUGAUGGAAAAUUGUAUUCAGCAACAGUAGCAGAUUUCCUGGCAAGUGAUGCUGUUAUUUAUCGCAGCAUGGGGGAUGGAUCUGCCUUAAGAACAAUAAAGUAUGACUCCAAAUGGAUAAAAGAACCACACUUCCUCCAUGCCAUAGAAUAUGGGAAUUAUGUUUAUUUCUUCUUCCGAGAAAUUGCUGUAGAGCACAACACUUUAGGCAAGGCUGUGUAUUCCCGUGUGGCACGCAUCUGCAAAAAUGACAUGGGGGGCUCCCAAAGGGUCCUGGAGAAGCAUUGGACAUCCUUUCUGAAAGCUCGGCUCAACUGCUCAGUUCCUGGGGAUUCAUUCUUCUACUUUGAUGUUCUGCAGUCUAUCACAGACAUAAUAGAAAUCAAUGGAGUGCCCACUGUUGUGGGUGUAUUCACCACACAGCUCAACAGCAUCCCUGGUUCAGCAGUGUGUGCUUUCAGCAUGGAUGACAUAGAGAAAGUCUUCAAAGGGAGAUUUAAAGAACAAAAGACUCCUGACUCUGUUUGGACAGCUGUACCUGAAGACAAAGUACCAAAGCCAAGACCUGGCUGCUGUGCAAAGCAUGGCCUAGCAGAGGCUUACAAAACCUCCAUUGAUUUCCCAGACGAAACGCUCUCCUUCAUCAAAUCUCAUCCGUUGAUGGACUCAGCUGUUCCCUCAGUCACUGAGGAGCCCUGGUUUACCAAAACACGUGUCAGAUACAGAUUGACAGCAAUUGCUGUAGACCACGCUGCUGGACCCUACCAGAACUACACAGUCAUAUUUGUUGGCUCCGAAGCAGGAGUAGUACUUAAAAUCUUGGCAAAGACCAGGCCUUUUUCUUUGAACAACAGCAUAUUACUGGAAGAGAUUGAAGCAUAUAAUCAUGCAAAGUGUAAUGCAGAAAGCGAGGAGGACAGAAGAGUCAUUUCCCUCCAGUUGGACAGAGACCACCAUGCUCUGUUCGUGGCAUUCUCCAGCUGCGUCGUUAGAAUUCCCCUGAGUCGCUGUGAGCGUCACGGGUCAUGUAAAAAGGCCUGUAUUGCUUCACGGGACCCGUACUGUGGCUGGUUAGACCAUGAGACAUGUGGCAGAGUGACACCAGGCAUGCUGUUCUCUUUGUUUGUUUCAUACAACCACAGCACUGGAGGAUACGUACAAGAUGUCGAGUAUGGCAACACGGCACAGCUUGGGGACUGCCAUGAAAUUUUGCCUACUACAGCUACACCAGAUUACAAAAUAUUUGGCGACCCAACAUCUGACAUGGAGUUCUCCUCAGCUUCCAUUACCACAAUGGCAAGUAUCCCAGUUAUAUCACCUAAAGUGAUUGGUUCCUGGAAACCUAAAGUGACUGGCUCUCGGAAAUUUGUAGUUCAAGAUGACCCAAACACUUCUGAUUAUUCUGAUCCAUUAUCAGGUGUCCCAAAGGGUGUGAGGUGGGAAGUACAAUCAGGAGAGUCCAACCAAAUGGUACAUAUGAAUGUCCUAAUCACUUGUGUCUUUGCUGCUUUUGUCCUGGGAGCCUUUAUUGCGGGAGUGGCCGUUUACUGUUACCGGGAUAUAUUUGUACGGAAAUCCAGGAAAAUACACAAAGAUGCUGAAUCGGCUCAGUCCUGCACUGACUCCAGCGGGAGCUUUGCCAAACUGAAUGGGCUGUUUGACAGCCCCGUCAAGGAGUAUCAGCAGAACAUUGAUUCACCCAAACUGUACACAAACCUGCUGACCAGCAGAAAGGAGCUGCCUCCAAACGGCGAUACCAAGUCCAUGAUGAUGGACCACAGGGGACAGCCUCCAGAAUUAGCUGCACUUCCAACUCCUGAAUCUACCCCGGUCCUUCAACAAAAGACUCUGCAGGCUAUGAAAAGUCAGUCGGACAAAGCGCACGGUAACCUCAAUGCUUCACGAAAGGAAACCCCGCUAAAAAGCCCUCAGUUUUUUCCUUCUAGUCCUCCACCCCACUCUCCUCUAAGUCACGGACAUAUUCCCAGUGCUAUUGUUCUUCCCAAUGCUACCCAUGACUACAACACAUCUUUCUCAAAUUCUAAUGCGCACAAGGCGGACAAAAAGAUGCAACAUAUUGAUCAUCCGCUUACAAAAUCAUCCAGCAAAAGAGACCACAGGAGAUCUGUUGAUUCCAGGAACACCCUGAAUGAUUUUCUGAAACACUUAAAUGAAACUACUAAUAAUCCCAAAGCAAUUAUGGGAGAUAUUCAAGUGGCCCACCAGACAUUAAUGCUGGAUCCGAUGGGCAAUAUGUCUGAGAUCCCACCUAAGGUUCCCAACAGGGAGGCGUCUUUAUACUCUCCUCCAUCGACUCUGCCGAGAAACAGUCCCACAAAACGAGUGGAUGUUCCCACCACUCCUGCAGUACCAAUGACCUCUUUGGAAAGGCAGAGGGGUUAUCACAAAAAUUCUUCACAGAGGCACUCAAUAUCUGCCCUUCCUAAAAACUUGAACUCACCAAAUGGUGUUUUGUUAUCCAGACAGCCAAGUAUUAAUCGUGGGGGGUACAUGGCUCCCACGGCAGGCACUAAGAUGGACUACAUGCAAGGGACGCCUGUCAGCGUUCACCUCCAGCCUUCCUUGUCCAGGCAAAGCAGCUACACGAGCAAUGGCACCCUGCCUCGCACAGGAAUAAAGAGGACACCCUCCCUAAAACCUGACGUGCCACCAAAACCCUCAUUCGUCCCUCAGACGACACCAGUCAGACCACUGAACAAAUACAGCUACUAGGACACGUCUGUGCUAAAAUGAGUGGGGCACUGACCUGUACAGGUUGUGAAAUGAUGUUGUGGUAGACACAUAAGACAGAGACUUGCUUGUUACUGAGGAGAACAAAGUGGCCAAAGAAACUGUCUUUACUUGAGCAACAUCUGUGUCUUGCCACAUGUAGCCGUAGCAAGACUUCAUGUACUUGCUACAGGCAAACACAAAAAAAAACAAAGGAAAGUGCUGGUCAUUACAUUUCUUUUGUUUGGAGCUAAGGAGACAUGUAGCACAACGGGGUGGGGGCUACGUUACUGUUCUUAAUAGCUAAACAACGGUUGUUGGGAAAAAAUCAGUAAGCAAAUACUUGAAAAAUGGGUUCCAUUUUAGACUGCCAUUUAGUGUGGUCAUUCCCAUUAAAUGUGAACAUUUUACUAUGUAUGCAUUCACCUUGCCUCUUGCACAAAUGUCAGAAAAUGGUAAUGUCUCAAUGAAUAGCUGGGUUAAUAAUCAAUUUGCUGGAAUUAAGUCUCUGGCCCAACUGUAGCAUUAUUUUUUUCUCUCCAUGUGUGUGGCAUUUUGUUUUUGCCACAGAUAAAGCUGUGCGUGUGUGUGGAUGUGUGUGUGUACUGUACACACUAGGAUGUACUUAGAUUCCCAUUGCAUCUUUUAUGCUAUGGAAUUGUUUACAUUGAGCAUGACUGAACAAACAGAUGACUCUGCCUUCUGCAGCCCGCUGGGCUCAGCCGGAGCCAGCUACGGAUGAACUGCGCAUCUCUGACAGCCUUCUGAGGGGAACGCCUGCAUGAAAGAGUCACCCAGUCAAAGAGUGCAGAUAUGGUUAAUUCUUCAUAACUCUGUUAUGCUGCUAUUGAUUCAGAGCUGUGCAUUUCAAAUCUAGUGUUUUGGGCUGGAACGGGGGAGUUUUACUGUGUUUCCACAGUGCCUCCAUCCAAUACCUGGCCACUGUGAACUUGAGCCCCUGUACUUCUCACCGAGGGCAGCUAAUAGUCAGUUCACUUGGCAAACGCCUGUGUAACUGGAGAAGGUCUCACGUUUUUGUUGCAUUUAAUAACGCCCUACACGCUGAUAGACUCUUGUCAGUAAAAAAGGAGAAACAUUAAUUGGCCUGGCAGAAGCAGUCUGUGAAAACUCAACAGUAGUGCAAUCAAUUUGUUUUUGUUGUGUAAAGUAAGGUUUGUUUUUUUCCAAAGUCAUGCAGGUAAUGACAAUAUUCUGUAAAUAUUAUGUGUGAGUUUACCUGAAUCUGUGCAUUUUGUGCCUUAUUCAUGCAAAUGAUAAAAGUACUAAAAAAAAAUUAAAUCUGUCAAGUGUUCUCACUAUAGCACAUAUCUCCCGAGUGCCAGUUGUAAAACCUCUCAACAGCACCCAAAAAAAAAAGAUAUAAAAUACAAGAAUAAUUAAUGGUAACUAAAGGCAGCCUACAAUCCAAGAAGACAGCAGCAUUAAAUCACCUUACCAUGAUAAACAUUCCACUCCAGCUCUCUGAAGGAUCAAACAGUUAUAAUGUGAAAUCAAAUGAGGUUUCUAGGGUAAUGGAACACCUGCUAAAGUUGUGUAAGCUAUUUAGUAGGGUUUACAGUAUCCACUUGCAGCUGAUGUUCAACACAGAUGGCUAUUUUAGCUUGCAAACUACACACUACCACAUUGUUUAUUGAACAUAACUAUAGAAAUAACCAUGGCAGAGGAAUAUUCAUGAAUUAGUGGGACAAAUAACUGCAACGGGUUUCAGAGACGGUGGAGAUUUAUAUUAUGUGUUUAAAGGGGAGAAAAGGUUAGUCACUAAAAACUGGAUCUCUGUUACAGAACAAAGAAUAAAGGAUAGAAGUAGUCAUUUUUUUCUUGGAAGGCUGUAAGGGACAUUUAUUUCCUGAGACCUCUGGAUCCAAAAAUCAAUGAUCUUUCUUCCUAAACACUUCUGUCUUGCAACUAAAACACUACAGAUUAAUAACUAUUAAAAUGUACUCAGUUGUCAGAAGACACAAACUGAUCCGAAUUCACUUCACAAAUAUUAAUACAGACUUGUGUGACCCGGAAGAUAAAUGUAUGUGAACCCUGAUAACCUCCUGUAACAUUGUGCUGCCUUGUAGAUGGUAAUGUGAGUUCUCUCAGUAUUUAUGUUGAAAUUUCUAACAUUCAACCUAGUCCUUAUUCUGUUAAUUUAAUAAUAAAAGAUGCUUUAUCCAUUUGUGCAAAGGUAAACGCAGAUUGUAUCUUUUUUAAUGGUACGGCAUAAAAAAAGUAACCCUUAAAUGAAGCUGCUCUAUUACUAUAGAGUACUUUAACAUGUAUAGAUAUCUUGUAAACUUGUAUUGUGGAUGUGUAAAUAAUACGUUCUUUGGGUUUUUAACACCGCAUGUAAAGUCAAAAUAAAAUAUUCCCAUGUAGUGAGUGUGAGAUUUCAUUAUUGGUGCAGGUG